UUAUUGCCAAACCAAGUUCUGUGCUCGUUGCGGAGGUCGAGUGUCUUUACGCUCAAACAAGGAGGACAAAGUGGUUAUGUGGGUAUGCAAUUUGUGCCGAAAACAACAAGAAAUCCUCACCAAGUCAGGAGCCUGGUUCUAUAAUAGUGGACCUAACACCCCACAGCAACCUGAUCAAAAGGCUCUCCGAGGACUGCGGAAUGAGGAGGCGCCUCAGGAGAAGAAAGCAAAACUGCACGAACAGGCCCAGUUCCCAGGACCCUCAGGUGACUUAUCUGUACCUGCCGCGGAGAAAAGUCGAUCUCAUGGGCUCACAAGACAGGAUUCUAUUAAAAAUGGGUCAGGAGUGAAGCACCAAAUUGCCAGUGACAUAGCUUCAGACAGGAAAAGAAGUCCAUCGGUGUCCAGAGAUCAGAAUAGGAGAUACGACCAACGGGAAGAAAGAGAGGAAUAUUCACAGUAUGCGCCUUCAGACAGCGCAAUGCCUAGGUCUCCAUCAGAUUACGCUGACAGGCGGCCUCAGCGCGAACCUCAGUUUUACGAAGAAUCUGGUCACAUAAAUUACAGGGACCCCAACAGGAGAAGUCAUAGGCAUUCCAAAGAAUAUAUUGUCGAUGACGAGGACGUGGAAAGCAGAGAUGAGUAUGAGAGACAGAGGAGAGAGGAGGAAUACCAGGCCCGCUACCGCAGUGAUCCCAAUUUGGCCCGUUAUCCAGUCAAGCCCCAGCCCUACGAGGAACAAAUGCGUAUCCAUGCCGAAGUGUCCAGAGCGCGGCACGAGAGGAGACAUAGCGAUGUUUCUUUGGCAAAUGCUGAACUGGAAGAUUCCAGGAUUUCUGUGCUAAGGAUGGAGCGGCCAUCAAGGCAGAGAUCUAUAUCUGAACGUAGAGCUGCCAUGGAAAAUCAGCGAGCCUAUUCCAUGGAAAGAACUCGAGAGGCUCAGGGGCCAAGUUCCUAUCCACAAAGGACCACAAACCAUAGCCCUCCUACCCCCCGGAGGAGUCCAAUACCCAUUGAUCGACAAGACAUGAGGCGGACCGACUCCCUAAGGAAGCAACACCACUUAGACCCUAGCUCCGCGGUGAGGAAAACCAAACGGGAGAAAAUGGAAACGAUGCUCAGGAAUGAUUCUCUCAGCUCCGACCAGUCAGAGUCGGUGAGACCGCCGCCACCGAAGCCGCACAAAUCCAAGAAAGGAGGUAAAAUGCGCCAGGUGUCCUUGAGCAGCUCGGAGGAGGAACUCGCGUCCACACCCGAAUACACAAGUUGUGAUGACGUUGAGAUUGAAAGUGAGAGUGUCAGUGAGAAAGGGGACAGUCAAAAGGGAAAAAGAAAAACUAGUGAGCAGGCAGUUUUGUCGGACUCUAACACCAGGUCUGAGAGACAAAAGAAAAUGAUGUGCUUUGGUGGCCACUCUUUGGAAGAGGAUUUGGAAUGGUCCGAGCCUCAGAUUAAGGACUCUGGGGUAGAUACCUGUAGUAGCACAACCCUUAACGAGGAGCAUAGCCAUAGCGAGAAGCACCCCGUGACAUGGCAGCCAUCGAAAGAUGGAGAUCGCUUAAUUGGUCGUAUUUUAUUAAAUAAGCGUCUGAAAGAUGGAAGUGUGCCUCGAGAUUCAGGAGCGAUGCUUGGCUUGAAGGUUGUAGGAGGAAAGAUGACUGAAUCAGGUCGGCUCUGUGCUUUUAUUACCAAAGUGAAAAAAGGAAGUUUAGCUGAUACUGUGGGACAUCUUAGACCAGGUGAUGAAGUGUUAGAAUGGAACGGAAGGCUGUUGCAAGGAGCCACAUUUGAAGAAGUCUAUAACAUCAUUCUGGAAUCCAAACCGGAACCACAAGUGGAGCUUGUUGUUUCAAGGCCUAUUGGAGAUAUACCAAGAAUACCUGAUAGCACACAUGGACAACUGGAGUCCAGUUCUAGCUCAUUUGAAUCUCAAAAAAUGGAUCGUCCUUCUAUUUCCGUUACCUCUCCCAUGAGUCCCGGCAUGCUGCGAGAUGUUCCACAGUUUUUAUCUGGACAACUUUCAAGCCAAAGCCUUAGUAGAAGAACAACGCCUUUUGUUCCUAGGGUUCAGAUAAAACUAUGGUUUGACAAGGUCGGUCACCAACUCAUAGUUACAAUUUUGGGAGCAAAGGAUCUCCCGUCCAGGGAAGAUGGGAGGCCAAGGAAUCCUUACGUUAAAAUUUACUUUCUUCCAGACAGAAGCGAUAAAAACAAAAGAAGAACGAAAACUGUAAAGAAAACGUUGGAACCCAAGUGGAACCAAACAUUCAUUUAUUCUCCAGUCCACCGCAGAGAAUUUAGGGAACGAAUGCUGGAGAUUACCCUUUGGGAUCAAGCUCGGGUUCGAGAGGAAGAAAGUGAAUUCUUAGGAGAGAUUUUAAUUGAAUUAGAAACAGCAUUAUUAGAUGAUGAGCCACAUUGGUACAAACUUCAGACCCAUGAUGUCUCUUCCUUCCCACUUCCCCAUCCUUCUCCAUACAUGCCACGAAGACAGCUCCAUGGAGAGAGCCCAACACGGAGGUUGCAAAGAUCAAAGAGAAUAAGUGACAGUGAAAUCUCUGACUAUGACUGUGAUGAUGGAAUUGGUGUGGUGUCAGAUUAUCGACACAAUGGUCGAGAUCUUCAAAGCUCAACAUUAUCAGUGCCAGAACAAGUGAUGUCAUCCAACCACUGUUCUCCAUCAGGGUCUCCUCACCGAGUAGAUGUUAUAGGAAGGACUAGAUCAUGGUCACCCAGUGUCCCUCCUCCACAAAGUCGGAAUGUGGACCAGGGACUUCGAGGGACACGCUCUACUACUGGCCAUUAUAAUACCAUUAGCCGAAUGGAUAGACAUCGUGUCAUGGAUGACCAUUAUUCUCCAGACAGAGACAGCCACUUUCUUACUCUACCUCGCUCCAGAUACAGUCAGACCACUGACCGUCAUCACAGGGAUGGCAGGGAUUGUGAAGCAGCAGAUAGACAGCCCUAUCACAGAUCCAGAUCAACAGAACAGCGGCCCGUCCUAGAGCGGACCACCGCCCGCUCCAGAUCCACUGAGCGACCCGACACAAACCUCAUGAGGUCGAUGCCUUCAUUAAUGACCGGAAGAUCUGCCCCUCCUUCACCUGCCUUAUCGAGGUCUCAUCCUCGCACUGGGUCUGUCCAUACCAGCCCAUCAAGCACCCCAGUGGCGGGACGAAGGGUCCGGCAACUUCCACAACUUCCACCAAAGGGAACCCUGGAGAGAAACAAUGGAGUCAAGGAGAUAGAACCUUGUGAAGAAGACGGGGACCCCACCAGGAGAAGACAUUCAGGUGCUAUGGAUAUAGAGGAGAGAAAUCGCCAAAUGAAAAUUAACAAAUACAAACAGGUAGCCGGAUCAGAUCCCAGACUGGAACAAGAUUACCAUUCAAAGUAUCGAUCAGGAUGGGAUCCUCAUAGAGGGGCAGAUAAUAUUUCCACUAAAUCUUCGGACAGUGAUGUAAGUGAUAUAUCUGCGGUUUCCAGGACUAGUAGUGCUUCUCGUUUCAGCAGCACAAGCUACAUGUCCGUCCAAUCAGAACGGCCCAGAGGAAGCAAGAAAAUCAGGCCAAAGGGAGUAGAAGAGGGAGGGAAAGAAGGGGAUAAGCAUGAAGAGAUAGUUCAUGAGGUAAAGGAAGAAAGAAUUAAUGAGCAUGUGAAAGGGAACGAGAUUACAAAAACGUCUAAUCAUGAGAAAACCAGAGAAUCAGGAGACGAGGAAAAAACACAAGAUAUACAUGAGCAAGGGAAAGAAAAAGAACAGUGGAAUAAAGAGGAUUUGCAGAGGCGAGUCUCACAAGAUGACAGUGUCUUUACAUCCAAAAUGCAAAGCCGACAAGUGGGCGCGGCGGGGAAGAACAUGACCAAGAGCAGCAGCAUCAGCGGCGACAUGUGCUCGCUGGACAAGAGCGAGGGCAGCCAGUCGGACACGGCGGCGGGCGCCCUGGGCCCCGGCGGCCACAAGCGGCGCUCCAGCAUCGGGGCCAAAAUGGUAGCUAUUGUUGGCCUCACCCGGAAAAGCCGCAGCGCUUCCCAGCUCAGCCAGACGGAGGCAGGCGGUAAGAAGCUGCGGAGCACGGUGCAGAGGAGCACAGAGACAGGCCUGGCCGUGGAGAUGAGGAACUGGAUGACCCGCCAGGCGAGCCGGGAGUCCACCGACGGCAGCAUGAACAGCUACAGCUCCGAAGGAAAUCUGAUCUUCCCUGGUGUCCGCUUGGCCUCUGACAGCCAGUUCAGCGAUUUUCUGGAUGGCCUUGGCCCUGCCCAGCUGGUGGGGCGCCAGACUCUGGCUACACCUGCAAUGGGUGACAUUCAGGUGGGAAUGAUGGACAAAAAGGGACAGUUGGAGGUGGAGAUCAUCCGGGCCCGUGGCCUUGUUGUCAAACCAGGUUCCAAGACACUGCCAGCACCGUACGUAAAGGUGUAUCUACUGGAUAAUGGAGUCUGCGUAGCCAAAAAGAAAACAAAAGUGGCCCGGAAAACGCUGGAACCCUUAUACCAGCAGCUGUUAUCUUUCGAAGAAAGUCCCCAAGGAAAGGUCUUACAGAUCAUUGUCUGGGGAGAUUAUGGUCGCAUGGAUCACAAAUCUUUCAUGGGAGUGGCCCAGAUACUUUUAGAUGAACUGGAGCUGUCCAACAUGGUGAUUGGAUGGUUCAAACUUUUCCCCACUUCCUCCCUCGUAGAUCCAACGUUGGCCCCUCUGACAAGAAGAGCAUCCCAGUCAUCUCUGGAAAGUUCAACGGGACCUUCUUACUCUCGUUCAUAGCAGCUGUAAAACUGUUGUCAUAGCAACCAGCGUUACAAAAAAAAAAAUCACAGGUCGCUAACCCUGGUAACACUGCAUGCUUAAUGUUGUGUCUUCUGAGCCUGUUUCUAGGGAUACAAAGCGAUCCUGUGUUCUCAGAGGAAGUCGCACACAUUGUGCCCUAAAGAAGGCCCUCCGGUGAGAGAGCAGCGCGGUGAAGAACUGUCAGGUUUGGAGUUCAGUAACACUCAAAUUUUGGUCCAAUCUGAAGCCAUGGAUUAAUCUCAAAGAAUCAGUCAGUCUCAUGCAACAAAAGCCCUUUUCAAUGGCACCUUUAUCUUUUUACCGUUCCUUUUUCUUCAUUUCUCUGACCCCCAAAGCCCUGCUAUGCCACAGAAAUGGAGUGAGCGAUCCAGCCACUAAGCCAUGCGAUAAGUCAAGGAGUGAAGUCUAGGGAGCAUCAGGUGAAAAGCAGGAGACCAGAGCAGUGGUCCGAGGCAGACAGAGUGUCAUCCCUCCCUGGGCAGCGGACGGGGGCAGCCAGGCCCGCGUGCACCGGGGCAGACCUCGGAGCCCCAGCAGCCCUCACUCCCUCACACCAGAAUGCGUUGGACUGUGGGAAACAAAAUUCUGUGGCUACACUGUACUGAAUGAAAUUAAAGAAACCUUUCUGCAUGGACACAGAUUAGCUGAAUACUUAAGUUAUUUUCUUGGGGCUGCAACUUGCAAAAAAAAAAAACCCAAACAAACAAAAAAAAAGAAUAAAACUCAGCCAUUUUCAACAAUUUAUAUUAUUUUUAAAAAUAACUUUCACUAGUGCAUGGUUUUAAAAGGGGGCAAGAAUGCAACAGGGUGAUACAAAGACACGCCAUGUUUAUUAUUUAAUCAUAGUCUGUGUUUUGGCAGACAUUACAAAAGAAAAUACUUUCUAGAAGUUCCUUAAAAUUCUCUUUGUGACAAAUAAGUGAAUAUUCCAUUUAUUUCCAUGUUAAAUAUACAUAUCUAAUGAAGUUCAAUAUGUGCAAAUUGUUCACAUCUUUCUCCUUCCUUUUCUUCUCCUCCCUCUUUUAAUCUUUUAUUUUCUUUCUCUCUACCAGAGUGGACAUUAUUCUAAACAAUUGUCAGUUUUUGACCUGAUACUCUCUUGUACCCCAGGUUUGAUUCAGAGCUGUAGAUGCUUCUGAAUUUAUGAAUUUCUCAAGGGGAAAAAAUUUAAGAGCUUUCUGUAUUUCAAGCAUGUUGGAAAGGAUUUUGCAACAUGACUUGGGAGUGCACUAAAGUAAGUCAGAAUGUAUUUGAUAAGGAAGAUAGUUGAACUUUUGCAAUGUGUUGUCCAGUGAGUGCAUGGUAAUUUUAUUUUCGCCUUCCAAGUUUAGUUUACAGGCAAAUUCGAAAAUCAUGUGGCCAUUGUAAUGUCCAGUGAAUUUGUUGUUAGCACCAGCAUUAUUCAUACAGGGGUUAAAGUAUUAUUUCUACAAGGUCUUGGGUUUCGCUUUUUAAUUAAUUAAAGCAAUUUCUUUAGCCAGUUUCCAUUUACUAUGUGAAUAGAAACACUGCUAAAACUUUGGGGCCCUGGAACACAGGGCUGUUUAUUAAUUCAUUUUUUUCUGUAGUAAAAUUCAAUUUUUCACAAAUUGUAUUUCUAAAUAAAUAGAGUAAACAUGAAUUUGCAACAAAUAAUUUUAAAGCUCCAAUUUUUAGAUGACUCAAAGGCAGUCAUUCUGCCUAUUCAUAGUUCUUUGAUGCCAUCACCAAAAGUCCACACACAAAUCCCAAGUCAGACCCCUGCCUUUGAUUUUACAGACAGUUAUUGCCAUUGGGUGGUGCUACGCGGUCAGAUUUCUCUUAAAGGCCCCCUGUGUGGCGGAAAAGUCACUGGUUAACGUAAUAAACCACCCGGACUUCCUGUUUCUUUAUGUACACUCUGUAACACAGAGGUUGAUGUAAUCUCUUGGAAUGACUAUUGAAAUCCACAUCCAUGUCAUUUCUUUAAGGCCAUGCACAAAAAUUGCUUUUUUUUUUCUUUCUCUCUUUUUAAAUUGAGUGGUGACCAUUUAAAACUGUCUUGCUUGCUAUGGUGCAAAAGUUAAAAUGAGUAUCACUAAAAAUGCCUUCUCUUUAUGUGGUGCGAUAUGAAAUAACACUGAGAUUGUGUCUUGGCAUUCUGAGAUCUGUGAUGGCCCCGGGAAGAGUCGUUCAGAGAAUGAGUAAAACUUGACUGAAGUAAUCUAGACACCUGUGUACCAGCAACAAUUGGUUUCAUAGACCUACCGAGUCUAUCCUCUCCCUUAGAAUAAAUGUUUACCAUUCCCCUGACACUAAGACACGGUCACAUAAUCUUUUGUGUAUAUUCCUAUAUAAAUUCUUUCUAAUUUUAAUAAGAAGGACAUGACUGUAUGGAAUAUUUGUACAUACGCGUCACUGUGCAGUAUUUAUUUAAAAGUUGGUGUGUUUUUUUUUUUUAAUUUUCACAUGUCUGCACCUCGACUUGUGGUUUAGUCAUGUAAAUAGCACUAUUCCAGUGACCAUUGCUGCCCUGUACAUAGUAUGUUUUAAAACUAAAGGGAAUUCCAGUUGGAAAAUAAAAAAAAAAGGGCAGAUUAGUCCUGUAAAGAACACCAACUAAUGUAAAUCAAACUCAUUCUGGUGAUGGUAUUUAACACUUUAAAUAAAACAUUUUCUUUACAGACUUUG